AUGCGAGAGGACGUCCGCGCGAUCAACGAAAAUCCCCAGGGUGAGCAGAGGAAUCGUACAACCCCACUUAUUGUGCCCCACAUCGCGCGCCCACCCUGUCGACGUCGCCAUCGCUCCCUCCCUCACAUCGCCCACGCACACUCCCCUCGUCCGCCCACGCGCACUCCCCUUCUUCGCCCACGCACACUACCCUCUUCCGCCCUCGCGCGCUCCCCUCUUUCGCCCACGCACACUCCCCUCGUCCGCCCCCGCGCGCUCCCCUCUCUCGCCGUUUCUCACUCCCCGCGGCCGUCCCCGCGCACUCCCCUCUUUCGCCCACGCACACUCCCCUCGUCCGCCCCCGCGCACUCCCCUGAUUCAUCCCCACGCUCACUCCCCUCCCUUCGGGCACGCGACGCUUCUCCCCCUUUUCCCAACUUCCAUACGCUCUUCCUCCUCCUUCCCCCUCUCUGCUUUACGCCACUCUGCCUUACUCCCCUACUUCCACCUUUUCCCUAUCUCCCUUGCUCUCUUCAGCCCCCUUCCACCUUUGACCACCAGAUAAUGCACCGUUGGUCCCCUUUGUUCCUUUUCUCAACCCGCCACCCUGUUCUCCCCUCUCCGCUGUACACCCUCCUUCUCCCUCUUUCCUCACUCCCUUACCCCCUUCUUCCACCUAUCCCCUCAACGCCUUACACUCUUCUUCCCCCUUUUCCCUCUCCACCCUACACCCGUCUUUCCCAUCUCCCCUCUCUGCCUCCCUCCCAUCUUCCCCCUUUCCCCUCUCUCCUUACACUCUACUUGCCCCACCAUGCGUUCAGUGCCUUACACAGUGCUACUUCCUUUUUCCUCUCUUCCUUACACCUUACUGAACCCCUUUCCCCUCUCUGCCUUACGCCCAUGCCCCCACCGUUCACUCACAUCCUUACACCUUUAUUCCCCCGCCAUGAGUUAGAGGUCUUACAACCUUUUUCCCCCAUUCUCCACUCUGCCACACCCCCUUCAACCUCCUUUCCACCCUCUGGGCCUUACGCCCACCUUCCCCCCUUUCCCUCUCUUCACUUCAGCCUACUUCUUCUUUCCCCUCACAUCCUUAUGCCCUGCGUCUCCCUUCCCCCACUCUCCUUACACUUUUCUCAUUGCACCAUGAGUUCACAGCCUAACGCCUGCUUCCCCCUUUCCCCUCUCUGCCUCACACCCUUCUUCUUCCUUUCCCCACUCUGCAUUACCACCUUCGUCCAUGUCUCCAACCUCGGUGCCUUGCACCCUGCUUCCCCCUUUUCCCUCUCUUCCCUACACUCUUCUUCCCCCUCUCCCAUCACGGCCCUACACCCUUAUACCCCCUUUUCGGGCACAUCGUUAAACCCUUCAAUCCCCACCAUGCGUUCUCUGCCGUCCCGCCCUUCUUCCCCUAUUCCCCACACUGCCAUACCUCCUUCUUCCGCUUUUACACCCUCUCUGCCUUACGCCCUUCAUCCCCCUUUUCCCCUCCUCCUUUUUUUCCUCUGCCCCCUUUUCCCCUCUCUUCCCUUCACCAUUCUCGCCCCCUUCCCCUCUCUACCUUACACCCUUCUUCCCCACCAAGCGUACUCUCCCUAUCGUCCUGCUAAACCGCUUUUCCCCCUCUUCCCUACACCCUGUUUCCCCCUCUCUCUGGUAUGCCUUGCGCCCUGCUUCCCCCUUUCCCCUCUCUUCCCUACACCAUGCGUCCCCCUCCCCCUUGUCUACUAA